AUGUGGCGGCGCUGGCUGGACCGGUCCGACAUGCUGCCGUUUGGCUUCAGCUGCUCGCAGAUGAACUCCUGGUACACGCAGUGCGUGCCCAAGGGUUCCACUGCGCAGCCAGAGAAGGCGAAGCCCGUGCCAGAGGAUGAGUGCUACCACAUGUUCAGUGAGCUCAGCUUCAACACGCUGGUUCAGUCGUUCCCCAGCAAUCGCGACAGAUGGCGUCAAUCGCUCGGGACCUCCAGUGAUCAACUUCUGCGGGAGCAUGCCCCUGGCUUGAUUACGGACGGCAGCACGUACAAGAGCCACCACGACACCCGUGGGGGUCAACGUCGACAAUGGCAUGAUCUUCGGCGAGGAGCCCUUCGAUGGGAGACUGCCGCUUUGAAGGUUUUGGUUGCUGCUGGAGCUAAGUACGAGACCUACACCGCUGGCCCUCGGACCAUGCUGGCGUCGAGCACAAUUUUUCACAGCACGUACAAGAUGCCUUGCGCCCACUAUGCCAACCGUGCCGCGCUGAUGUCUAACAUGCAGGGCGCCUUCGUAGAUAAAGAGCAGUAUGCUUGCUUCACGCUGGGAUCUCGCUCGAGGAGGGGCUCAGGCAGCAUUCUGGUCGAGGUUUAUGCAGCUGCUGUUCUGCACGUCACUGUUUGGGUUCCUGGCAAAGAGCUCUGUAUGCGCGAAAGGUUGCCAAAGACUUUGCCUGCACUGUCCCGCUUUCUUCAUAGCAUCGCCAGAUCCAGCAUCCAGGACAUUCCAGGCGGAAUGCGGACUCUGCGGACUACGCUGGAAAAGGUGGCGGACUGCGCAAAUCAAGAAAUUGCGUCGGGCUGGAACUUGCAGUGGGUCGAUGAAGUUUGCGUCAUUGCGAGUCUUUUUCGGUUAGAUUCGCAGCUGAUGUGUGGGCCUUGGGAGUGGUCGGGGGCCCGGAGCUCCAGCGCUAAUAGCGUGGGAGCACGAUUGCCAGUACAGAGUGCGCAUGGGAGCACGCCCUCAAACAUCGAUUUCGAGGCCCCAUACAACCUCCGAGUGCCACAGGGUCGCAGCGAUUUGUUCUCCAUGGAAGUGCUCUUUGCGCUGCUCUCGGGCACUUUGCCUUUCUCGGCAAAGACAGAGAUGCAGCUGUACGCCCGAAUUCGGCGCGGCAGCUUCACGUUUCCAGAUUGCCUUUGUGAGAGCCUUGGAUGCUGGUUCUUGCCCCUAAAGUGCCUUCAGGCAACAUCACACAUGGCAUGA